GAUUUUCAAUGAAGGUAUGUCAGGAAAAGAGGGAGAUAUGCUACCAGUGACCGUAGCAGGAGCUGCAGCAGCGCCUGAACAGGCAGUAACGUUAAAUAAACAUAAAAGACGUAAGAUUUCACCUUCCAAACUGAAGAAAUCUAUUAAUUGUGAAAAUGCUCAAAGUGCUGAGACGGAGCGAAGCCGUUAUUUCACCAGCAAUGGCCCACAGGAAAGACUGGGAGAUGAAUUUUUCAAUCAACCUUGCAUCAGUUUGGCUAAAGAUUUCCUCGGCAAGGUGUUGGUCCGCAGGUGUUCUGAUGGUACUGAGCUGCGAGGGAGAAUAGUAGAAACUGAAGCCUACCUUGGUGGAGAGGACCGAGCUUCACACUCAGCAGGAGGCAAACGCACAGAGAGGAACACGGCCAUGUUCAUGAAGCCAGGCACAAUCUAUGUGUAUCCGAUCUAUGGCAUCUACCUCUGCAUGAAUGUGUCUAGUCAAGGGGAGGGUGCUGCUGUGCUGCUGCGCUCCCUCGAGCCCCUGCAGGGGUUGCCUGUCAUGAGACAGCUGAGGUCUGCUAGACGCAGAGAAGGAGCCCGGCAACUGAAGGACAAAGAGCUCUGCAAUGGACCUUCGAAGCUGUGCCAGGCUCUAAAUAUACUGCGCUGUUUUGAUCGCAGAGACCUAGCCUCAGAUCCAGAGGUGUGGCUGGAGGGGGAUGCCAACACAAGUCAGGCAGAACCACAUGAUAUAGUAUCAGCACCCCGCAUUGGGAUCGAGUCCCAUGGGGACUGGGCCAAGAAGCCAUGGCGGUUUUAUCUCCGCGGGCACCCUUGUGUUAGUGUAGUGAAUAAAGAGGCAGAAAAACAGUGACUCUCUGGAAACAUAGUGAAUGAAUGAUGUGAUGUCAAAAGCACUUAAGAACGUUCAUGAAACUACUUGGAGAUCUGUUCCCUUUGUGAACAGGCAAAAUAAAAACAAGAAUUUUCUGUUGGUUUUGCUGCUGGAACAUAUUGGUUAUACUAAUGAAAUGAGUACUUUUUAAAGGAAAUAAUUACAUCAUAUUUUUAUAAUUCUUAGAAAGUCGAGAUGUUGGUUGAAAGUCUGAAUAUGCAUAAAUCAUACAAAAUGUUUCAUCUAUUUUGUAAGCUGCUAUUUAUUUCACCAGUGUGUUAUUAAUGGUACUGAUGCAGAUGUGUACUGGAGUAGUAGAAUAGUAACAGAACCUAAGGCAGCUUGUGUAAGACUCAAUGUUUCAGUGCCUGCAUCGGGAAAAAAAUCCGUCCUGAAAUGUCCCUCGACUCUCAGGAGUCUCUUUUGUUCGGGUCUUCCAUCUGUUUUUCUAUAAACAUUCAUACUUGGGAAACUCUCCCGUCAGUGAUUUCACAGAUGUUUGGAACGCUCCGCUUCCCUCAAAGCAAAAACAGCUUGUCUGAUGUUUGGAGUCUUCCUUUUCUUGCUGUUUUUCUCUCCCCACCUCUGGGAUCCCCGAGGAGAGGAAGCCUGAGAUCUGGAAUGACCAUUACUCAGCGUGCCCCUCUGUGGGCAGUAC